AUGCUGUGUAGGGCAGCCCGAGCUGCGCGCCUCCGGGCCGCGUUGCUCCGCCCUGCCGCUGCGGCGCAACCGGCCGCCAGAUCACCUCUCGUUGCUUCCAUCUCAUGGCGCAGGUCCUAUUCCAAAAACAACGAGCCCGAUCUUACAGAAAGCCAGAAGCCGAGUAGCGACGAGACCAAGCAGCCUUAUUCUGGCUCGCGACCUGAAUCUGCAGCACAAACCCCCAAGGACAAGGAUACCCCAGACGCCGCCAACGCGAAAGAGUCCCGCAACGAGGCUGCUGCCAAGGGCGGAGAAACAGAACCAGAGGCGCCGACGGGCCCCCUCCCCGACCUCACCCAGGGUAUCCCCUCUACCCUCGAGUACGAGAUGGCCGGCAAGAGUGGACGGUCGGCCCUUCAGGCCAUCGCCGACGAGGAAGCCUAUGGCGGGGGUCGCGCCAAGGGCGAACUUCCCGACUCGGCCUACGUUUCGUCGUCGGAGCGGAAGCGCCAGCAGCUCGCCAACCGCAUGUUCGCCGCCUUCCUCCUCCUCGGCGCCGGCAGCAUCGUCUACCUCGGCCGCAACUGGGAGGACCCCCAAGAUGCCGAGCGCCAUGCUGACGUGCCGAACGGCUGGGGCGUCGGGCUGUGGUGGAACCGCGCGUCGACCCGGAUGAAGGAGUUCCUCAACUACUACCAGGAGCCGGCCUUUGAGAAGCUCCUCCCCGACCCGGACCCUUCUUUUGAGCGCCCUUAUACGCUCUGCAUAAGCUUGGAGGACAUGCUGGUGCACAGCGAGUGGUCGCGCGAGCACGGUUGGAGGAUAGCCAAGCGGCCCGGCAUCGAUUACUUCCUCCGCUACCUCAGCCAGUAUUACGAACUCGUCCUUUUCACCACCGUCCCGUUUGCCAUGGGUGAGCCGCUCGUCCGCAAGCUCGAUCCUUUCCGGUUGAUCACCUGGCCACUGUAUCGCGAGGCCACCAAGUAUCAAGACGGUGAAAUCAUCAAGGACCUUUCCUAUCUCAACCGCGACCUCUCCAAGGUCAUCGUCAUCGACACCAAGCCCGAACACGUCCGCAACCAUCCCGCGAACGCCAUCAUCCUGGACAAGUGGACGGGCGACCCCACGGACAAGGAGCUCGUCAGCCUGAUCCCCUUCCUCGAGUACAUCCACACGAUGCAGUACGGCGACGUGCGCAAGGUGCUCAAGUCCUUCGACGGCAAGCACAUCCCCACCGAGUUCGCGCGGCGCGAGGCCAUGGCGCGGGCCGAGUUCAACAAGCAAAUCGAAGCCCAGAAGGGCAGGAAGAAGACCCCGUCCGGCAUGGGCAUCCUGGGCAACAUGCUGGGCCUCAAGCCGUCCAACAUGAGCAUGAUGGCCCCCGCCGACGGCGAGCUCACGCCGGCCGAGGCCUUUGCGCAGGGCAAGAUGCUGCAGGACAUUGCGCGGGAGCGCGGCCAGCGGAACUACCUGGAGCUGGAGAGGGCCAUCCGGGAGAACGGCGAGCAGUGGCUCAAGGAGGAGGCCGCCAUGCAGGAGAAGAUGCAACAGGAGGCCAUGAACAGCAUGAUGGGUUCCUUUGCGGGGUGGUUCGUCCCGGCCAAGAAGGAUAACCCGUCCCCGGGGGAGAAGACGGCUUAA